GUUACCACUUUUCAAAUUUAAAUGUUUUUGGCUUCUGGGUAUUUCAAUAGGUUUGAGUUUUAGAAGUUCUAAGUAGUUUCUAGAAGGGCCUUGUACUUUUUUUUUUUUUUUUGGAUUGGGGGCUUGGACUUAAAGAAAUAUCUGUUUCUGGGUAUUGCUUAAAUAGUUCUAAAUUUUUGUUAACUUAUUAUCUUUUUUUUGGGUUAUAAUAUUGGUUGGUGGGGGGUAAUAAUUUUUCACUAUAAGCAAUUGCAUUUGUUUAAAAGACAAUGAUUCUGCUGUACUACAGGUACAUCCUGUGGAAGUUUUACUCAACUCUUGAUAAGAAAUCAACUGUUUGUAAAAGCUUCUACUUUUGGAUUUUCCAGAUUUUUAAUAGAUACACUAUUGGCACUUAGCAAAACCAAUUUUCUGUUUCCAAGCUUGCUUGCUUUCUGUUCACUUUCUUUUUCCUUUUAAUUUUUUUGGUUAUUUUUUCACUAAGAAUCUGAUAGUUAGUGAGUGAUAAUCAUGGGAGGGGCAUCACUGCCACCCGGUUUUCGUUUCCACCCGACUGAUGAGGAACUGGUGGGGUAUUACCUGAAAAGAAAAGUGGAGGGGCUCGAAAUCGAGCUCGAAGUUAUCCCCGUGAUCGAUUUGUACAAGUUUGAUCCCUGGGAAUUGCCUGAGAAAUCCUUCCUUCCGAAACGAGACAUGGAAUGGUUUUUCUUCUGUCCUCGGGAUAGAAAGUAUCCGAAUGGCUCAAGAACAAAUAGAGCCACUAAGGCUGGCUACUGGAAGGCCACUGGGAAAGACCGAAAAGUUGUUUGUAAAUCAGUGAAUGUAAUUGCUUACCGAAAGACCCUUGUCUUCUAUUGCGGACGCGCUCCAUUAGGUAAUCGAACUGAUUGGAUCAUGCAUGAGUACCGCCUCUCUGAUGGUCUUAGUCAAGGCUCACCGAAUUUUCAUGGUGCUUUUGCUUUGUGCCGUGUUGUGAGGAAGAAUGAGAGCACACAAAAGGUCAGUGAUUGCCAUGGAGAGCCAAAGAGCAAGAAGAUUGGAAGCAGUUCGAGUAAUGCGGAUUUCAACUCAACACUCGUGAAUGAACCCUUGAGUGUCUCCGGUGACAUUUCUUCUCACGCAAGCUACCAGUACAACGAGAGUCGUUUUUCGAGCCCAAUCACUUCUCCAAAUGAAGUCACCCCUGCAUCAGAGUUUGAGCCCUCAUUCGCGGAGACCAAUCCCGCAAGCUUCUGGGUCUCACCAGACUUAAUUCUUGAUUCAUCGAAGGAUUAUCCACAAUUGCAAGCGGCAAUUCCUGAUUACUUUCCACAGUAUGAGUUUCCUGGCUCAGUGACACCUUGGCCGUCAUAUGAACACAGAGAAAUUUCACCUAGUUCAUCAUACUCAAACUUCACUGGGGAAAUUGAACUUUCUGACAAUCCCAACAGAAUUGGUGGCAUGUCGCCCUACCCGGGACACUCAAAUUACAUGGAUGUUUUCGCAAAUGAGGAUAUGCAAUAUGAGGGUUGUGAAAGUUUGGACCGAGCUCCAAUUUGCAGGCAACCUAGUGAAAGAGAUUAUAGUUUUGGGGAACUCAGUGGUCUGUGGUUGCAUGAAGACAAUAUCACAUUGUGAUAUAAGAGUCUAGCCAUGGUAACAUUGACCAACUGAGGAGAUCAUGUACUGUGUCAUCUAGGAAGGGCCCGAGACAACGCCUUUUAAAGUUGGUUCUUGGUAAUAGAAAAAUAAAAAGGAGUUCAAUAACUUUUCAUAUGUAUUAAGCAGAAGUGGGGUUGUUUUUCUUUUCCUUGAGCAAUGUUGUAUUUUUGUGCUUCCUUUGAAGUUGGUUUUGCCAACAUGUAUUGUCUCCUUUUGUUUCUUGUUUCUUCUGUCUUUGAGUCUCUUCCCAGGUGGAAAAUCACUUUUAUAGAUUGCAUCUGGGGUUGGUCUUGUAGUUGUCUUUAUGUUUUGUGAAUAAAUUAGCUUCUUGCCUUGGAGCUGUAUAUGUCCAUUGGUCCAUAAUGUAAUUGUUAAACUA